AUGUUCUAUCCUGUGGACUCACUGAAGAGAGGUGGUAGAUUUUAUUUGUGUUGGAUCGCAGAUUCAUGGCCCUUACGAUUCGAAAAGUUAACACACAGGAACCAAAGACUGUGGUCCCAAGAUAUUCGAGAAAUAUGUGAUGCUUUGCAAGAAUUAAUGACCAAUGAGUCAGGUCGACCAACACACAGGUUUUCUCUUCGCCUCAGCUCCCAACUGAUGAGAGGCCUUGCACGUAUAUAUCAGAAAAAAGUUGAACUUUUUGUCCGUGAUAUGUGGAGAAUCAACUCUAAUGUAAUAAGAUACAGGUCGCACCAAGAACCAAAUGAACGUGCCGUGGUUCCCAGAAGACGGGCUGUGGUCGGAUUGCAAAGACUAGUCAUAGAGGAACAACCGGAUGAAGUGAACGUAGAAAAACUCAUUGAGAAUGCCGAUAACCUGGUGGCCCGAGAAGAAGACAUAACACUGCGAGAACCAACUCUUCCAGAGAUGCGGUUGAUAGACGACGGUUUCGGAGAGCUGAACCAAGAGCCAGUUGAGAUGAUGCUGGCUCAAGAGGUCUCAGCAAUGCAGCAAAGCGCCCUCGAUCUUCCGCUGGACUACUCGACGGAUAAGUCGCAGGACAAGUCCAGGCUCGUGGCGUACGACGCGGCGCAAAUGGAGAGGAUAUCCGAACACGACAUAUCGGUGUUUAGGAAAUCCGCAGGGGAAGCACCAACGCUAAUGGAUUUUGAAAAAGAGAUCCCUGAUAUAUCCGAAAUCCCGCCAUCCGAAAUGCCCGCUCCUGAACCACAAAACCAAGUACUAGAGCAACCAUUGGAAGAAGCCCAAGUCUUGGAGCCUCAUAAAGAACUACCAUCCAUACAGCAAGCGGAACAAGAAUCUGAACAAAUUGUGCUGGAGUAUAGAAUUAUAUUUAUAUACAUCGUGUGCGCGUGCGAUUCAAGAUACUCCACGUUGACAACAGAUUCCAUUGCGGCGAUGUUCUCGUUAAUUAAAAGGACGCUUGACGACUUCGAGCAAGGAAUCCAGAACGCAUUUCCAUCCGUUACACUUACUGAGGAGUUCAAAGAUGUCCUGAAGAAGGAGUUGCUGUUGAUUAAUGCGAGAUUGCGCUUCGGAUUCGGCAAAUGCUGGUCCCAUAAUGGUGCCGUGUGGAUAAUAGUGAACGGGACGCUAUUAAAAGUUGUAUCAGAGUCGGAUCUUGACAACGUCCUUAUUAACACUUCUACAGAUUCCGCACGUGAUAAGGCAACUUACACCAUUAGUUCAGACUCAGAGGACUUGGAAGAUGAACCGCAACAGAAAAGACGGAAAUUGAAGAAUAGACUCCUAAUAGACAAAACAACGAAAUUGAGUAGCAACUACCUCCGCGCUCGGAUAGGCAACGAUAGCGUGGAGUUGCGCUGCCAGGAUACGAGCGAAGAUGUUAUGACUCUCCACACACCGGCUGCGAUGUUGUUGGGUCGACCAACGCACAGCGGUCCAUGGCCACUAUCCAGAUUUGGCCAUACGUUGAGCUCCAUGUUCUCUUGGCGUUUGGCCAACACCGGAAGGACACCCGCAGCCGAUAGAGACGUUGAGGAACCCUUGACACGAAGACCGACCAUGCACUUAGAGACAGUUGGAGCGGAAAUACAGGCAGAGACGUCCGCUAACAAAAGUAUACAAGGACCGGAAGUGCAAGAUCACGUAAUUCAAGACAUAUCCAACAUAGAUAUAAGCGCGCGCAAUAUACCGGAAGUUGAUGCAUCUAUUCUGCCUGCGCAAGACGCUAUAGAAAUGGCCGAUUUGCCUACUCAGAAACUUUUGACCAUCUCUCAAGAACAACUGUCCAGCGAACUGGAGAAGCCGCCUAAAAAAAGACGACUUUCACAACGCGCAAGACCUUCUUUGGGCGUAUCAGCUGCUGAAGCGAAUAAAGAAAAUAUUCCUGUUGCAGUCAACAUGCCCGCUGCAGAAAAUAUACCCGCAAACAUACCUCUCAUAGUCCUUCCAGUGGAUGAAACGGAACAGCAGUCAAACGUCGAAACUCUCACUUCAAUGCUCCAAGUGGCCGGUCUAGCGGAUGCGCAAGAAAAGCACGCAGACGUAGCAAUCGUCACACAGAGAGAACGCAGAACAAAUGGCAGCGAUGGCUCGCAGACGCCGCUGGGUAGUUUGGACAGGACAAAAGUGUCUUUGGGCGACUCAGAAAAGACUACGGAUUCCAAGAGAUUUAUCAAUGAAGAGUGGGGCACCCAGGGGACAAUGUUCAAAAUAUUCCGCUGUGUCGUGAAGAAGGUCCCCAGGAUAACAGUGGACAACCUGGUACGCAGGGGACCCGUUAUAGAGGGCCGUCAGCGCAUAAUAGCGGCACGAUGCUUCAGCUCCAUACUGAAGCUGAAAAACCAUUGGUUCAUUAAAAUUAUUAAGAAUGAAGAAACAAACGAAAUAAAACAUAUUGAACUCGGACCAAGAAUAACGGAAGAACGUGAUAGAUAUGUGAAAUAACUUUGGUUAUGGAAGAUCUAUCUCACGGAAACCAUAUACUGUUGUAGUUUUGUAUAUUCUCAAUAUCUACAGUUUAACGUGCAUUAACCUGUCUAUAGUAUGUUUUCUAUUGUUUGUUAUUAAGCAAAAUACUUAUUUUACUUCCACAGCGAAUUUAAAGGACAGUUUGUUAAAAAAGCUCGUGUGUACUUUGUGCAAGCGUACAAAAUAGUACGCUUUGUGCGUAGUUACAGACAGUAGCUUCAGUGAUACAGAAUACUAGCCUAUACAUAAUCAGAGCCUUUGUUAUUGAGCCCCCGAUGAAAAAGGAUAUGGCUGGUCUUGUAUAUGUACUCCUAUUAUAUGACGGUCGACUCUCUCUCUCUCUUCUCCUCCUUAGAGUUAAUUUAAUCUUAUCUGUAUUAUUAUGGAAAUAUGUUUAUGAAAAAAUACUUACAUAAUUAAUAAAAGAAAUAUCCUUAUAUGUUAUUUAUUGGUAAGAUAUUUUUCAUGAACAAAUUGGUUAGAUAAAAAAACUAUGCUAUAAAACCUGUACCUUCAACAUCGCUUCGAUUUUAUCUUUAUUACUACAUUGAAAGUUAGGUAUUUAAAGACUGUCUAUUACAUUUAGUUUUUGAUACAUCAAACUCACUGAACUUAAAGAUGCAUUAUUGUUAAUCUUUAUAUCUUUUUUCAAACAUAACUUUCAACAUAACAAGUUGUGGACGAUAGUUUAGAGCUCGCAAAUGAGAGUUCUCUGAUUUAGUUACUUUUGUUCUAGAGCUUGUUUACCGUUUGUUUCUUUUUGAUAUCUAUUUACCUUGUAGAUUUUGAUAUGAUGUUUGUUAAUGUUCCUUAAUUAUAUGUUUUU